GCCCUCCGCCCCUGCCCCCCUCAGCGCUGCCCGGCCUCGCCGUUCUUACAUUUUUUAUGAUUUCGGUGCUUUUUUCCCCCCUCCCCGCCCCGGUGUUCAUCCCUGGGGACGCCCACUCUGGACGGCGGCCGGGGUCCCUCCCCGCCUCACCUCGCACCGACCCCCGCGGGGCGCCGCCGCCUGCGCCCGGGGCGGGGGCCGGGGGUCCGCAGGUGCGGGCCGGGCCCUGCCUGCGCCGGCCCCGCUCAGGAAGUGACAAGCGCAUUUCCUCCUCCCUCCCCGCCCGCCCGCCCCGCCCGCAGCACGGCGGCGGCGGCGGCAGAGGAGCGCUGCUCGGAGCGGCGCCCACAGCCGGCCCGGCCGGGCCGCGCCGCCGCCACCACGUGCACGCAGGGAGAUUUCCACGCUGGGAGCCUGUUCCUGCGCAUCCCCCCAGGAGCCGGCGGGGCUGAGCCUUUCCCGGGGGAACAUGGACUGAAAGAGGAGCUUCGCCAGACCGUGGCUGCCAGCGCCCCUCGCCUGGACCCUGAUGGACUCCGAGGCAGGGCUGCAUUACCAUGGUGAUGAUCUUAACCAAAACUCGGGAAAACAAAGGUGCUGACUCUGUAACAUGCAGGACUGAGCUGCACACUCCAAAGAUGAGUCAAGGACCUACCCUCUUCUCUUGUGGCGUGAUGGAAAAUGACAGAUGGAGAGAUCUCAGCAGGAAAUGUCCACUCCAGCUCGAGCAGCCGGGCGCCAGCAUCUGGGACUGCUUGUCGGACAAGGGCGAGGAGGGCUCGCGCUGGCCGAGGGAGACGGCUAGCACCUGCUCUGUCACCAACCUGAUCAAAGACCUCAGCCUCAGCGACCCCCACAGCAACCCCUCAGCCCCCCCCAGCAAGCGCCAGUGCCGCUCGCUCUCGUUUUCCGAUGAAAUGUCCAGCUGCGGGACCUCGUGGAGACCCUUAGGCUCGAAGGUUUGGACCCCGGUGGAGAAACGGCGGUGUUAUAGUGGGGGGAGCGUGCAACGCUAUUCCAACGGCUUUGCCACCAUGCAGAGGAGUUCGAGCUUCAGCCUGCCAUCACGGUCCAACCCCCUCUCCUGCGAGCAUCCCGCCCUCAGCAACCGGCUGGGGUGCCAGCCGAGGAAACCGGCCACCGGCGGGCACGGAGGAGAGCGGGUGGACAUGCAGAGGUCCCUCUCCUGCUCGCACGACCGCUUCUCCUCCUCGGAGUACUGCCCGCCCUCGGCAAGCAGCACGCCCGCCUCCACGCCGGAGCUGGGGCGACGGGCCGGCGGGCUCUCCCGAAGCCGCUCGCAGCCCUGCGUCCUGAACGACAAAAAGGUCGGGGUGAAGCGGCGGAGACCGGAGGAGGUUCAGGAGCAGAGGCCCUCGCUGGAUCUCGCCAAGAUGACCCAGAACCGCCAGACUUUCAACAGCCUUACCUGCCUUAGCUCCGCGGCCGAGGACGGAUCCCAGCGGCUCCCCGGCCCCCAGCCAUGGACCGCAGCCCCCUGCUCCCCGGAGGUGAUGCCGGGCAGGACCCCCGCCUGCACCCCGGUGCCGGAGCCGCCGCUCCCGCGGGCCGAGGAGCGCCGGGCCAGCAGGGAUGACCUCUCCUGCGAGGAGGAGGAGGAGGGCGGCGGGAAGGAGGAGGACGGGGCGGCGUGGCGGAGCGGCGGGCCGGGCGCCGAGAGCCUCUUCCAGCUGGAUGGCGAGAUAGAUAUCGAGCAGAUAGAAAACAACUGAGGAGGGAGUGGGUCCCCUUGCCCCGCUGUCGGGGGGCUGCCGGCGGAGCCGUGGAGGGCUCCCCGCUGCCGGCGCUGGGUGCACGGGGUCCUGCCACCGCUCUCCUCCUGCCAGCCGGAGGGGACGAAGCAGCUUUGCCAAAAUUUCAUCAGGUAUUUAGAGCAAUUUGUGUGCAUGCGUGUGUAAAUCUUGAAAUUCUUUGUAACUACUGUAGCCAGAGAUCAGCUAGCCGGAGGAAACUGCCUGUCCGACUGGGGAAACCAGGCACAGGGAUGGCCAAAAACUCGCAUUUAGCGAGUAAAUGGCUUUUGCCAACCCCAGGUUGGAGCUGGUGGGGCUGGCCACGCUCCCCCGGGUCCCACCUGUGCGUGUGCGGAAAGGGAUGCACAAGGAGAAACCACCACCCAUGGGGCUGGAAGAAGUGGGGGGGAACCAGAAUGUCGAGAUUCGCCAGCGAGCGCUGUCUGGGGCUGCGGGGGCGGCUGCGGUUCUUCUGCCACAUCCCACACGGCCCCGGCACCACCCUUGCUCCCCACGUCCCUGGGAGUGCCGUGAGAAGGAAAUCACAAGUGAAGUUUUUUGCUUAAAUUUAAUAAUGGUAAGAGCUGGAUUUUUACUUCUUUUAAAAAAAAAAAUAAAUUCCUUUUCCUGAUGAGGAAUUAAAGGGACCCCUGGCCCGCCCAGCUUCCCUGUGGGGUGGCAUCCACAGCAGCGCUUGGCAGGUGCUGCCUGGGGAUGCUCAGAUGCCUGCCUUCCCUAUUUUAUUUUUUUGAUUCCCAGUCCCUUCUCUCAAACCCAUCGGGAAAAAGCCCCGAUCAGGCUCGGUGCCACCCUCGCUUGUGUUCUCAGCACCCAGUUUUUAGCAGGGCUGGGCUGUUUACCCAUUUACCAGCGGCUGUGCCCUCUUUGCUACCCGGGGCACGGCUGCCCCCCUCCUGUUUUGGCUUGGCCGUACUGUGAAGGGGCUGCGCCCGAGGCACGCUGCGGGGUUACUUGACAAAGUCAGCUGGCAAAAAGCUGAAAAUCCAGGUAGCAGCACUGAAAGCUUUUCCUCUUCCUGUGCCUUUUUAGCACAGAUAAAAUGGUGACCAAUAUAUUUGUAUGAUAUUAAUUCUCUUUGGUAAAAAGAAGCUGUCCACUUGCUAACAGGUUUAGAAGGACGCGUAUUUUUUUUUUCCUCCCUCUUUUUUUUUUGUUUUGUUUGUUUUUUGUUUGUUUAAAGCUCUAGGAAAGCUGUACAAGUGGCUUGCAGCAUCUUCUGCAGGUGCCCUCAAGCUCAGGGUUUACUUCCCGAGCUCUGCAAAAGUGAGAAAGGGAAAAAAAAGUCAUGGAUACCAGCAGCAAUUGAAGACAUGACAUUUGUAACAGGGUUCAGCACCCCCAUGGGCAACACUUGAUGAGUCUGUAACUCAAAAAGGGCUGAGAGCCACCGGUACAGGUUUUAUUCAUCAUUUCUGGUUCUGUUAGUGCACUUUUUCUGUGGUGGUUUGGGAUGUGCGUGGCGGCUCCCAUCACAGUGGAACCCAUCAGCCCUGUCCUGGCACCGCAGAGCGUGGCGGUGGCCACGUCCAUGCCCCCGCUGGGUGCUGGUGAGCUGGGCCAGCCCCAAAUGUUUGUGGAAAGGAUGACAGGGAUCUCUUUUUCAUUUUGGGGAACCCUCCAGCUCUUUUAAGUUGUCGCUUGAUGCAUUAUUUAAAAGAAAAUACAUCCUGGCUUAAUUUUUAGCCCUCCUGUAGUGGAAGGCGCUGCCUGGCUGACACGUUCUGGGGGGGUCCAGCCACGCCAGCGUGUCCCCAGGCUGCCGCCACCCCUCCGGCACGUGCCCCUGCAGCGGCACGGCCACAGCACAGUUCUCAGCUUUUGAGUCUUCCUGAUGCUCGAUAUCCCCCUCACCAACAUGUCCCCCCUCCUGGGGCGCACAGCUCCCACCGGCCACGGGCACCUCCGCAGCUGCCAGCUCCCGAGUGACCGAAAAAGGGCAAAUUCACCCAAAUCCAUGUCCGGCUGCUGCUGCAGAGCUCCGGGUGGGCUCUCGCAUGUGCUUCCCCAGGGCAGUGAUUCCUAAGGGCUUCUGUUUUCUUUCCAAGGGCUGCUACCGGUGCCAUGCUAACCCCCCAUGGUAGGAAGGUGACCAAUGGACCACUACCCAGCUGUACUCGACGUAGCCGUAGCAUUCAGUUUACAUACAGCACAACCCGUUUGCCUUACUAAAGACGCUUCUCCAAUGAGUAAUGGCCUUAUACUGGGCACGUUAGCGUAGGCAAAGACUACAGUUAGCGACGGUUUUGAGGCCACGGUGGUGUUCUGUUGGGUAUUUCGUUGUUGGGUUUGUAUGUUUUCAUGUACUUAUUCUCAGUUUAAGAAAGCCUUACUUUUAAAAAUUUUUCUCUCUCUCUCUCUCUCUCUCUCUCUCUCUCUGUAGAGGUAAAACAUUUGUGGAUUUAUAUAUAUAUAAAUAUAUAUAUAAAUAAAGUAAUUAAAAAUAUUAAAUAUAAUAUAGUAUGUGCCUCAGAUUCAGGGGACAUCCUGUUGAUUGUAAAGUCCGAAGUGGCGUUGCUCCCCGGCAUCAGGAGAUGCGGACCCUACGCCCGCAGCCACUGCAGCGGGAGAGCAGGGCAUCCCCCCAGGGGUCCCGCUCUUGGUUUGUAAAGGACGUCACCUAUUACACAGAUGCUUUGGUAAUGCCCCCCUCCCCACCCCGGCAAAUUCCUGCCGGCUGCCAGAAUGUGAUAUUAAAGUAAUAUGCAGACAAGGGAUGUUACUCCUUGCUAGGUAGCUAAAACAGAAGGGACUCGGUGCUCGUCCAAGGCGUGACCCAGCCUGGCCAGCAGCCGUGGCAGGAUGACAGCGUGCUGUGUCAGCAGCAGUAAGAGUUCAGCAUCCUGAAAAAAAGGAUUUUACUAGGAAAAGUCUUAGCACGCGCGCAGGGAGUUUGCUGUGUGUUUGCAGAUGCAGCUCUUUGAGCCUGUUCUAUGAAAGAUUACAUUAAAGAAACCACAAAAAGAAAUAUUUGUAAAAUAGAUUGUAAUUUUUCCACGUUAUAGCAUAGCCUCUUUGGCCAAUAAAGUUGUGUUUCAAGUGCAUUGUUUAAAAGCUCCUGGCUGAACAGGCUAACAGACUUACGUAGGAUGUUAUAGGAUUGUAGCAGUGCUUUACAGCGUUUAUGGGUUUGAUGUUCAAGAAAUCAAAAAGAAGAAGAUGGCCAAAAAAAAAAAAAAAAAAAAAAAAGAAAGAAAAGAAAA